AUGGCUCUCCCGGCUGGCGGGAUCCUCCUCAUAGUCAUCAACACUACAUUCACCAUUCUCGCCAUCAUCGCUGUGAUCCUAAGAUUCUACGCCAUCAGCCUUAUUGGCAGGAAUUACUAUUUGAGUGAUUAUUUAAUAGUCCCAGCACUGAUCUUUACUAUUGCUACGGCAGCUCUGGCUAUUAUAAUUGCCGUGGUGGGCGGCGCAGGGCUGCAUAUGUCCCAAGCAAACAGAGCCCAGCUUAUACUACUACUAAAGACAUUUAUAGUCGGACCAGUCAUCUGGUCCACGGCCACAACGUUCACAAAGCUUUCUAUCCUCUCCUUCUACCACAAGAUCUUCGGCUCGAAACUAUCAAUGAGAAUUGCCGUUUAUAUUGAGAGCGCCCUCACCAUUGCGCUCUUCCUGGCUGGUGUUUUGGAGCCAUUCUUGCUCUGUCAUCCCCUAAGCUACACUUGGGAUAAAGCUGAAGCCGGAAGCUGUGGCAACGCGACCAAGGCGUACCUAGCCGUGGCUGUGACCAACUUGAUCAUCGACUUGUCCAUAUAUCUUCUCCCGAUACCCGUGCUUUGGAAUCUGCAGAUGAAUAGGACCAAGAGGUUGGCACUCUGUAGUAUAUUCGCCGUCGGUUUGUUUGUUUGCAUUUUCUCGGGCCUUCGAGUGUACGCUGUCUUGAGCCUGGCGGUUAAUGACUAUUCUUAUACCGUUGUCAAGGAUGUAACUUUCGGUGGCCUGGAGGUUGAGUUGGGCGCAAUAAACGCUUGUUUGCCAUUUUACCGACCUCUCGCCGCUAAAUAUAUUCCGAGCCUCAAGUUUGACCGCAACCAAUCGAGGAAGACUUAUGUUGAUGCCACUCGAACAGCUCAUAUCCCCUGUAGCAGCGAAGGAGGGUCCCGGGGCUCACGGGGAUCUCAGAACCCAUUACACCCGAUAAGCUCUGGCUCAUAUGGAAAUGAGCAAAUGGGGAACCAGCUAUAUUCUGGCAGGGAUGGACAUUGCCGGCUGGACGACAGCACACUGGAGAAGGCGCUCACUAGGGAACAAUUUGUCAUCUGCCGGUGA